AUGUCGACAUUCGUCGAUUUCACGAAUCAAAUAAAACAAUUGAAUGAUCACAAACAAUAUCAGAAAGCUAUCGCUUUAUUCGAAACUCACAUUCAAUAUCAAUUGCCUACGAAUCCAGCGAUCAAUCAAGCUCUCAAGGCAUGUAUCGAAUUGGCCGAUUUGAAACGAGGAUCAGAUAUUCAUCAAAGUCUAUCUCCGCAAUCAAAAAAGAAUCCUUUCAUUCAAACGAAUCUCAUUCGUCUGUACAUGAAAUGCGGUGAUCUUUCCAAGGCACAAGAAAUUCUUCGCGAAAGUCGAAAUAUGACACCUGCUAUGUACAACGCUCUGCUUAAUGGUCUAGCCAAUAAUAAUCGUGGCGAACAAGCACUAGAUCUAUUUCGACAAAUGACUGUUCCACCAGAUGAAUAUACAUACAGCAUUCUCUUCAAGAUCUGUACGCAACUUGGUGACCAAGAUUCGAUUCAAUUUGGUAAAAAUUUAUUAGAAAAAAUUCCUGUCCGAUAUCAAACUGAUACAAUCCUUCUCAAUUCAGCUUUACAUAUGCUCAUGCAAAAUGGAGAAAUUUCAAUGGGUGAAAAACUUUUUUCACGAAUGAAUAAAUAUAUCACCACUUAUGGUGUAAUGAUGUCAGGUUAUAUCAAAAAUAAUCGACCACAAGAAGCAAUCGAUCUCUUCUUCAAAAUGGACAAGCCAGACGAAGUGAAUUUGAUCGUGUUUUUCAGUGCUUGUGCUCAAUUGGGAAAUGAAAAAGCGUUGAACUUAGGCAAACAAGUCUUUUCUCGAUUAUCUACCGAAUUUCAUGAAAAUAAUGUCAAUGAGAAGGUUCUUCAUGGUGUACUUAACAUGUUCAUCAAAUGUUCAGAUAUUGAAAAUGCCGAAAAGUUGUUUGCUCGAUUGAAUGGAAACGUUAUUACAUACGGAUCAAUGAUGACAAUAUACAAUAGUAGAAAUGAACCAGACAAGACUUUAGCUCUAUUUGAACAAAUGAAGAGGAAGAAGAUUGAAGUCAAUGAUAUCAUUUGGGUCUUAGUAAUCAAUGCAUUAUCGGAACUGAGCGAUCUUUCAGUAUGUGAAUCAGUGAUCUCGGAAAUGGCAGAAACGUUUUUAAUCAAUAUUCAAAUUCAAAAUGCAUUGAUCGAUAUGUGGAUCGACACGUUAAGUCGUUCGAAUUUAGUCGACGAAGCACAAGAAUUAAUUUCUGAAUUCGAACAAUCACAUUCUCCUUGUUAUUCGAUGUAUAUGGCGAUACUUUCGGCUGCACGUAAUCAACGAAACCCUUCGUUGGCACAGAAAAUCUUCGAUCAUAUUCAAGCACAUUUUCAUGAUCAGCAAUAUUAUGUGACACCGGCAGCAGUUCUUCUUGCUAAUACUUAUGCAUUAAGUGGCCAUUGGUCUACAGCAUCAGAUAUUCGAAUGAAAAUAAAUCAAUCCGGUAUGAAAAAAAUGGCCGGUCUUUCUUGGACUGUGAUCGAUGGGAAAAUAGUGAAAUUUCGAGCUCAUGAUCGAUCGCAUCGACGAUCUGAAGAAAUCUAUGCUGAAUUAGAACGUUUGACAAAUGAACUGAUCAAACAUGGCUACAAGUGUGAUACAUCUUGGAUUACUCGACCAAUGACGAAUGACGAAACUGGAGAAUCAGUAUUAUCUGGACACAGUGAAAGACUGGCCAUUGCUUUCAAUCUGAUUCAACGGCCAAUUCCAGCACGUAUCCAAAUAAUGAAAAAUCUUCGUGUUUGUGGCGAUUGUCAUACAUUCAUUAAAUGGAUCGCUCGAAUUCGUCAAUGUUUGAUAAUUGUUCGAGAUGCCAAUCGUACGCAUCAUUUCUAUCCAAAUGGACAAUGUUCUUGUCGAGAUUAUUUUUAA